UUAUCCCUUCCAUCGCACGCGGCAUGGAAAACCAGCGCCGAUGGCGACGGUCGCGACGACUGGAGUCACGCUACCUCGAGAUCAACCGGUUCACCAUGAGAUUAGCUCGUGCUACAGGAACUAAAUCCACCACCGGGACGCUGCAGCCUUCUCGCGUCUGCCUCCCUGCUGCAGUAUCCCAUGGGGCUUUCUGUGUCGGUGGAGGGGCUGUGGAGCUUGGGAUGGGUGCUGCUCUUGGCCUGCGCGGUGUGGACGCUGAACUGGGCAUGGUGGAGGCCCAGGCGACAGGAGCGCUUGCUCCGGGCGCAGGGACUCUGAGGCACCCCUUACCGCUUCAUCCGCGGCGACAUCAAGGAGGACCGGCGCCUCCUGGCGGAGGCGCUCUCCAAGCCCAUCCCCCUGUCCCACCACAUCAUCCCUCGCGUCGCGCCUUUCCUCCGCGCCGCUAUGAACGAAUUCGGCAAAACAUUCUUUACCUGGUUCGGGCCUGUGCCGCGGGUGAUGAUCAUGGACCCGGAAUUGGUGAGGGAAAUCCUAUCGAACAAGUUUGGUCAUUUUGAACGAGCAAGUCAAAGCCCCCUCGGACGAGCUGUAGCUUCUGGACUUAUAAGCUAUCAUGGGGGAAAGUGGGCCAAACACCGGAGGAUUCUGAACCCUGCUUUCCAUGUCGAGAAGUUAAAGCGAAUGUUGCCGGCGUUCUCUGCUUCUUGUGGUGAUCUCGUCGGCAGAUGGGAGAAUUUGGUCGGCCAGGAGGGAUCCUGUGAAUUAGAUGUUUGGCCUGAUCUCCAAAGCUUCACUGGAGACGUCAUUUCACGCGCAGCUUUCGGUAGCAGCUAUGAAAAAGGUAGACGAAUCUUCCAACUUCAAGUUGAGCUAACUCAACUCGUGUUCCAUGCCAUCCAGAGGGCGUAUAUCCCUGGUUACAGAUUUCUGCCUACCCCACAGAAUAACAGAAUAAAUGCGAUUAAUAGAGAGGUUCGAUCACUUCUACGAGGUAUAAUAAAGGAGAGACAGGAAGCUAUGAGAACUGGUGAAGCAACCAACAAUGACCUCUUGGACUUGUUGAUGGAGUCCAAUUUACAACACUUCCAGGAACAUGGGAACAAGAAUGCCGGGAUGACUUCUGAUGAAGUGGUUGAAGAAUGUAAGCUAUUUUACUUUGCGGGACAAGAGACGGUUUCCACAUUGCUAACAUGGACAAUGGUGGUGCUGAGCAUGCAUCCUGAGUGGCAAGUAAGGGCUAGAGAAGAGGUUCUACAGGCCUUUGGAAAAAACAAACCAGACUUCGAUGGCUUGAGCCACUUAAAGAUUGUGACAAUGAUACUAUAUGAGGUUCUGAGACUAUAUCCACCAGCAAUUCUGAUACAGAGGAUAGCAUACAAGACAAUGAAACUUGGAAACAUAGUUUACCCACCGGGAGUAUUGCUCAUGGUGCCCAUAGUUUUCAUUCACCAUGACCCGGAUCUCUGGGGCAAAGAUGCAAGUGAGUUCAAACCAGAAAGAUUUGCUCAAGGGAUCGCAAAGGCAUCUAAAGACCAAGUUGCAUUCUUUCCGUUUAGCGGGGGCCCUCGGGUUUGCAUUGGUCAGAAUUUUGCGUUGCUUGAAGCAAAAACUGCUUUGUGUAUGAUUCUUCAGCAGUUUUCGUUUGAGCUCUCACCGGCAUAUACUCAUGCUCCGCGCACGUUUGUAACUCUUCAACCUCAACACGGUGCUCAAUUGAGUCUGCACAAACUUUGAAUCAUCUUUAUACAUUGAUCAUUCUGUUGGUCAAGGACUUGGUUGAAAUGAUCGUUGCAUAUGAAAUUGACUAUAGAACAAUCUUGUUGUGUAAUAUAUGGUGAUCAUGUAAAAGUCAUGUACAUAAAUAAAUGCUAAAGAUCAGUUAUAAUGCUAAGUAUGAGACAUUCUAUUUUGA